AUGGCAAAAAAAAGUAAAGGUCGCCAGAGGAUUACAAUGGCCAAGAUGGAAAAUGAGAGUAACCUUCAAGUUACUUUUUCGAAAAGAAGAUCCGGCCUUUUCAAAAAAGCUAGUGAGCUUAAUACACUUUGUGGUGCAGAUAUCGCCGUUAUUGUGUUCUCACCUGGUGGAAAAGUCUAUUCUUUUGGUCAUCCAAGUGUUGAGCUCGUGCUUAAUCGAUUCUUAAAUAUUAACCAACAACCUCCUAACCAAAACAACAACAUGCGAUUUAAUGAAGUGCGUCCAAUUACCAUUCCGACUAUGAACGACUAUCUUACUCAGGUGAUGAAUGAUUUGGAAUCAGCAAAAAAGAAAAAUGAAGAAUUAAAAAAAAUAAGAAAAAAUUCUAAAAUGCCUGAGUGUUGGUGGGAAGAACCCGUUGAAGAGCUUGACUUAGCUCAUGCCAUAGAAUUUAAAGGUUUACUGGAAAAAUUGAGAAAAACUGUUACAGAUGAGGCCUCCAAACAUUUGCAAGCAACUUUUCCUCUGCAGAACUUCUAUGUGGGAAGUUCCAGUGGUGCUCCUUUCCUAGAUGGGGCUUAUAUCAACCCUAAUUUGGACCCGUGUGUUCAAAGAAGAAUGUUCAACGCGAAUGCAUACUACAACCAGAACAUGUAUUCUCCUAAUUAUCCAUUACCUUAUGGAAACAAUAAUUAUGCUGGAGGAUUUGUUCCAGAAUACAAUUUAAACUACAUGCAAGGGUUUAAUCAGUACCAGAACCAAAACCAAAAUCUGAGUUUUAAAGAAGAAGGCUUCUCCGAGAAUGAACGUCAUCAAGAUGGCCACCCUCCUCAUCUUUGA